AUGCGAGCUACCUUUGCAGACGGUAAGACCACAAUUAAAAGGGAGAAGGAACGGGAUCGGAACGCGUGUCUGCUCGCUCGCCUCGCGAGUGCCCCGGCAGAUACAGUUCUACCGCCGACGCCCGUCGCCUUUGGACGCGGCACCGCGAGGAAGAGAGGCGAAACGUCUGACGCCGCGUCACCCUUCCCUCGACAGCUCGCCGCGAAGGCAGGCCGCUUCGUGUGGAACGUUCUGGGCUCCCUGAAGCCCUGGGAGGCGCGGAUCAAGCGGAUCGAGUCCCAGUUCGGCACCGUCGUCGCCUCCUACUUCAUCUUCCUCCGCUGGCUCACCUGGCUCAACAUCGUGCUCGCCGCCGUCCUCCUCGCCUUCCUCAUCCUGCCCGAGGUCCUGACCGCCGGACGGAACUCGGACCCCAACCGCAAGACCCUGCUGCCCUCCGAGCAAAAAUCCGCCUUCGACCUCGUCACCCUCUGGAACUUCGAGGGCAUCCUCAGGUACUCCCCGAUCUUCUACGGGUUCUACAGCGACGUGGAGGAGACGAAGGAGGGCUACAAGCUCCCCUUCGCCUACUUCAUGGCCGGCAUGGCCGUCUACGUCUACAGCUUCGUCGCCAUCCUGAGGAGGAUGGCGUCAAACGCUCGGAUGAGCAAGAUGUCGGAGAAAGGGGAGGAGGCGGUGUUCUCGUGGAAGCUCUUCACGGGCUGGGACUUCACGAUCGGGCACAGCGAGGCGGCAAUCAACAAGCGGUCGUCCCUCCUCCUGGGGUUCAGGGAGGCGCUGCUGGAGGAGCAGGAGCGGCUCAAGGCGACGAGAGGGUCUGUGGUCUUCUUGUGUGCCGGGGUGGGGGGUGGAGGGCUUCGGAGCCGCGUCUUUGGGACAGCACGAUCGGUGCACCCAGCACCACAACAGCGGUAUCAGAUCCCCGCAAACAGCUUUCCUGGUGGCACGACAGCUCACGGCGCGUCGCAUCCAGGAUAG